GCCGAUCGGUACGGACGCGUGUGGCGCGUGCAGAAUUCCUCAUCAACCGUGUGUAUGUUCGUGUGUGUGUAUGUUUGUGUCCGUGAAAACGUAAAAGGCCACCGAAACCGCGAAACGUGCUGUGUCAGCUACAAAACCGGCCGUAGACGCCGAUGGUUUAGAAAUCUCGUCCAAAUUUUGGUGGCAAUCGAAAGUGCAGCGAAACAAAAAGUGAGGAAAUUCAGUGUGCCAAACCGUGGGAGAACCGCGAAAAUGUGUUAACCAAGGUACCGCACCACGUGGUUUCGUAUGUGGCGCGUCUUCCGCCAUCACCGAUGCAACUGAUGCACGGUUCGUUAAUGCAGAUCGCGUCCCAACCGGGGCAGAUGCAGCACUAGUAGCAGCAGCAGCAUCAGCAGUGCGUGUUUACCCCUUUUCUGCUUAAGGCAUCCGGCGGCAUCCCUCGAUCUAGCUAUUGGUGGCGGUGCAUUUGCCGUACGUGUACCACUGUGUGUGUACGUGUGCCUGCGUAUGUGGUGGCCCCACGAAUCGUAAGGGAAUCGUGUUCCGUUGGGGGGUGUUUUUUUUUGUUGCUACUCGUACUCGCUACCUUUCAAUUUCGCAACAUUCUCAAAAGUGCAGCUCAAGCGUGAUUCGUCAAAAGCGGCAACCCGGGCAAAUCAGUGAAUCGGAAACAAGCUUCUAGUGGAACAUCUUUCGCAUUUCGUGCGCCCCGAGGGUGUGCACGUGUGUGGGAUGGCAUAAGGUGGUCGGUGGCCCCGAAAAAAAAAAAUGUGUGUCAGCACUGCUGUCUGCGUCUGAGCCCGCCACCGGUGGUUAAUCCAUUGAAGAUGGUUAUGCAUGCUUAAGUGAAGCUGUGUGUGAGUGUGUGUCGAUGUGUGAUGAUGCUAGUGCAAUAAGGUUGCAACCGUACCGGAAGAAGCUGAAAUGCAGAAUCACUCAGUGUGUCAUUCUUUGCACCGUACGGUCGUGUGAAUAAUCGGGUACACAGCUUGGCGCUAGGUUGAGCCUCCUCGGAUCCGGAAUGCAUCCGGAUAGUGAUCAUCGUUACCGGUCGGUGUAGUUACCCGCGUGCCGAGUGUAAAUUGGUUUCACAAAUCCGCUCCGCUCAACGCAGUUCCCUCGGGUUUGAUAAGUAAGGUUCAGCACGCCAGCACCAGCAAGCGGACGACGUUCAAACUGUAGCAUUGUGCGUACUGGGAGUGCUCAUGCUUCGUUGGCUUACUUACAGUGCUUAGUUAGUGGCGAAGUAGUGUGAGCGACUAGAAAAGAUUCUUCACAUGGUUCCAUGGUUCCAGUUCCGAGCUCCGGCUAGUGCACACGAUCAAUUAUCUGCUUUUAUUGGUGUGAUUAAUGGUAAAAGUGUCGCCGGAUACAAUGCCCCCAGAGUCUUAGCAAUACUUAGUGCUUUGGUGUAACUGCUAACAACACCCCAAAAGUUUUCCCCCGACGGGAGCUCAAGUGCAGAAGGUUAAGUGGAGAUCUAAUGUUUGGCUGGUGAAAUAAUCCUGUACCGUGAUCCUAACAUAAUGUGACACAGUGUCUGCUGUGGAGCUGAAAAACUAGGGCUGAAGUAUCGUGCGAAGCUGGCAGGAAGUUCACCGCAAUCCGGAGCAAGAGUUGCGAGCUGCAUUUUAGCCAAAGCCAAAUCACGUUACAUCGGUCUGUCUGCUCCAAUUCUCGAGCCACUUUCGCAAAACCCCUUUUGACGAAUGACGAAGCGUUAGAGAUGGAUCGUCGACAUCAUUGCAGUGAUGCUUUUGCAGUGAUCAGUCGCCGUGCGGGUAGUACCACGCUUAGCUGAGUCGACCGGUGAAAGAUACUCCUUAGCGUGAGAGUGUGUGUGUGUGAUUUUUGGCACGCUUUCUCUCUGUCUCUCUUACUCUCACACACACACUGUCUAUAUCACCAUUUGUUGACGCCACCAUCACCGACGACGACGACAAGUGCAGUGCAGUUCAACCAUGGACGAUGGAGACAUAUUUGGUUGGUGGUGUGACAAUUGGAAAGCGUGGCGUUACAUGGUGUCCUGCGCCAGCUACAGUAACAGUUCCUCCUCGCUCCUAUGGGGCCCCGACGUGCUGUGCCGGUUCGCGGACGACGACACAAGUGCGCGAUCGAACACAAUCGUACCGACGGUGGGCGACGGUGCGGUUGAGCUACGGACAGCAAACAGUACGGCACCGGGCAGCCUUUAUCAGGCCGUUACACAGUGCUAUCAAACAUUCAAGUGUGCCCUGCAUUCCAUAGUUUCGGGCGGCGAACGACAUGCCGACCAAGUGCGGUGGAACGAUGCGUUGUACGAGUGUGCUCCGGAACCGGCACUGCCCGGCGGUUGGCAGCGUCCGGAUGCGGGUUGCAGUGUGGCAGCGACGCACAACGUAACGCUGAUCGUGCGCGAAGUGUUACAGCCAGUGUCGGAGCUGAUCAUGAAGUUGCCGAAGUUGUUACUGCGGCUAGGUGAGAUCGGCUUCGGUAGUUUCGAUACAAUCGAUUCCGAUCGUGUGCUGGCGGGAGAUUGCUGGAAUGCGUCGCAGCCGUUCCUCACGGGUCAGUUCCUGCAGCGAUCGGAGUCUGUGCAACAAUCCUCCCAAUCAGUGCGCUCUGAAACGAACUCUGGGCAGGUUUAUCGACUUGUCUGUGGAAACGCAACCGGUUCCCAGAGUUCAUUCUUCGAAAGUGAUGCGUUCGAGUUGGUGAGUGCUUCGCUGCUCGAACCGGUCCAGUGCUGGAUGAAUAUCGAACUGCAGAACGCACUGGUUAGCCAAUCGUGGCUGAACGGUGUCGAGCAUUCGGUAGCUGCCCUGGCCAGCUGGAACCAAACACAGUUCGGUGAGGAUAUGGCGGGUGGUGGUGACUCGGGCCAGAGCCGGUACGAGUGGAGUUUCCUGUUUGUUAUUCUGUUCAUAUUUGCUGGCGGACUGGGGAACAUUCUCGUCUGUCUGGCGGUGGCACUCGAUCGCAAACUGCAGAACGUUACGAACUACUUUCUGCUGUCGCUUGCCAUUGCCGAUCUGCUUGUCAGCCUGUUUGUGAUGCCGUUGGGUGCCAUUCCAGGAUUUUUAGGAUAUUGGCCUUUUGGAGUCACGUGGUGCAACAUCUACGUAACGUGUGACGUGCUGGCCUGUUCGGCGAGCAUCCUGCACAUGUGCUUCAUUAGUCUCGGCCGUUACCUUGGUAUCCGGAACCCGCUCGGCAGCCGGCAUCACUCGACGAAGCGGUUGACGGGCAUAAAGAUCGCGCUCGUGUGGCUGUUGGCGAUGCUCGUUUCCAGCUCCAUAACCGUGUUAGGCAUGAUCAACCGGGACAACAUCAUGCCCGGCCCGAACGAAUGUGUCAUCAAUAAUCGAGCCUUCUUCGUGUUUGGCUCGCUGGUCGCAUUUUACAUCCCCAUGGUGAUGAUGGUCGUAACGUACGCGCUCACCGUGCAGCUUCUCCGCAAAAAGGCACGCUUUCUCGAACAGCAUCCGGAGGGAGAACUAUUCCGAAGACUGGGAGGACGCCUGGCAUCCUCCAAACACUCCAAUAACUCUCAAAGUGAUGGUUCCUCCACUUCCAAUAAAGCGGUCGAAAUGAAGAAAUUCACCGUCAACAACAACAAGCAGCCGGCCUUUGCACAGCACGACUCAUCGCCGCCGUCCUCGCUGCCGUCCGUGACUACCGCGCACAGUGCGCUGCCUUGGCGAUGGCACGGCACCACGACCGGCACCAGCAAGAUGGACAGAAUAAGCUCAAUCAAAGGCAGCAUGUCGCAUCCGCACCUGGGCUACAGCAACGGUGGCAACCGCACGAUCACGACCGGCGGCAAACGGACCUGCCGUACCGUCUGCGACCAGGGCACCCAAACGCCGGACAGCAUCGAGCGGGAAACGAGGCGCCAAAAAUUCUGCUCCUUCCGGAUACACCUGAACAGCGUACCGACGCCAGCGAUAAAUUUCAAUUUGAAGUUUCUCGGCAGUAAAAAGCGCACCAACUUAUCGGCGAACGCGGUCGCCACCGAGCAGAAGGCCACCAAGGUACUGGGUCUAGUGUUCUUCACAUUCGUCUUUUGCUGGGCACCAUUCUUCAUCCUGAACAUCAUAUUUGCCGCCUACCCGGAUGCGAAGGUGCCGGAGCGAAUCGUCAGCAUCUGUCUGUGGCUGGGUUACGUUUCAUCGACAAUAAAUCCAAUCAUUUACACGAUCUUCAACAAAACGUUUCGGGCAGCGUUCAUUCGGCUGUUGCGCUGCCGAUGCGAACGCUCGGGACGUCCGCCCAGAUAUCGGUCGGUGACGGAUAGCCGCGGUGCGAUCAGUCUCUGCACACCGUCCGCCUUACCGUUGGCCAUAUCACUGCAAGGAUCGUCGCUGCUUACACCUUCCACUACUCAGGCCACUCCGCUGAGCGACUUUCGUGGUAGUUACGAAAUUACGGAUGAUGAUUGCUGAACGAGAGGACAGAAUCUUUGGGGGACCUUUUUCUACAACAAAAUCUCCACUCGAACACUGCUAGUUUCAUGGUGUAGUCACCGCAAUAGUAGUAGUUAAAGAAGUAGUAGCCGUAGCAGUAGUAUUAACAGCUCAGUAUGCUCAGUAUGUACAAACUCGGUAUGACCGUUAGAAGGCAGCUUUCCCCCACCUCCUUCCUUCCGCCCCUCCUGUCACCCAGUAACCCGUCCCAGAACGUACAAAUAAGUUCACUGAUCCUACCGAUGGCAGUUGGAUAAGCAAUCAUAUGAAAAUCAAAUGUAGUAGCCACUAGCUGUUAUGGAAAAACUCCAACCAAAUAUGGCUUAUUCUAGCAGAAAAGGGAGAGAAAGAGAGAAAGCGAGAGAGAGUAAAGAAAAGAAAAUGACAGUAUUUUGUAAGACGAUUAGCGUUGUUUGAACUGUGCACAACCCUAAAUGUGAUUUUAUAUAUAAAUGAAGAUGUAAACAACAGUGUAA